AAAGCAUUUUCGGUAGUUCUGCUAAUAUACUCAAUAAACGUAAUACUAUCGAUGUGUGUAUGUAUGUACGUGAUAGUUUGUGGGUACUUCAAAACUUUUGUGCAGAUCGAUGCAGUGUUACACUUGCUUGCUGGGAUGAACCAGAUAUAUAUGUGUUAUGCUCACCCUGCUCAAGAACUGAUGUUUGAGGCAAGUAAGGUUAGAAGUAGCGCAUAUUUCAGCCAAUGGAUUGACCAUCCUGAGUACAAGAAGUUUGUUAUAUUGAUAAUGACUAGGGGUCAAAGGGAAGUGACUAUAUCAGCCGGUGGCAUGGUUAGAAUUGACUUGGAGAUGUUUUUAAUGGCUUCAAAGACUAUGGUAUCUUGCUGCAUGUGUCUACAGGCUCUCAACUCCUCUACUGCUAGUACAAAUCCUGCUACUUGAAUUAUAUUCAAUAGAAUGAAUAAAAAUUAUC